AUGGCGCGCAGCCACUCGGACCGCUCGGCGGAUCGCGGCGCGCGGCGUUCACAUCGUUCCCGCUCGCGGUCGCCGUCGGUCUCCCGCUCGCGCACGUCCUCGCACCGCCGCUCGUCCAAGCGGCGCAGUCCAAGUCGCAGCCGCAGCCGCGAGCGGUCGCGACGCACGCACCGCCACAGUCAGAGCCAUCGGCGCCACCGUUCGCGCUCUCGCUCUCGCUCCAGGGAGCGCCACAAGCGCAGACGGCGUGGAAGCGACGAGAAGCGAGACCGCCGCCGCUCGCGCUCCAGAUCCAGGUCCAGGUCGGCGUCUAAGGCCAAGGAGAAGCGGCAGGAGGAGACGAAGGACAAGACGUCGCUGUCUGUGGCUCCCUCACAGGUUUCCAAGGCCAAGAAGCAACUGGACGAGGCGGCGGCUGAUCAGGGGAAGCUGCAGACUGUGGAGAGUCAAGAUGUAGCCAUGCGGGACGUCGAGACGCAGCAGAAGGACCCAUCGACGGAGGUCGCAGGGCGAGAGAGUAAGGACCAGGAGGCUGCGGUGACUACCGAGGAGACUGAGACUAGUAACGCUGUUAGUGUUGAGUCUGUUGAGAAGCAGGAGCUGCAGAAGGCUGGUGAGAAGGCUGUGGCAUCCUCGAAGCCAGCACUGGACGUCAGCUCCAUCAAGAAGGACAUCCUGAAGGCGUUGGCCGACGCGAGGAGCACGAUCGCGGUGAUUAAGAAGAACGGAACGGGGACUUCAGUCGUCAACAGCCCGGCGCUCUCCCCAUCAGCUACGAAGGCGGAGAAAGAGCAAGAGAAGACGGUGGAAUCACCAGAGAAGAAGACGGAGGCUGUUAAAUCCCCGCUGAAGACGGUGGUAUCGCCGAAGAAGACUGCUUCUGCUACUGCUGCGACCUCUGCUGAUGAGUUCGACAUGUUCUCGAUGGCAGCACUGGAUGACCACGAUGAUGCGAUGAACGGCGGCGCUGGCGUAGCUGCGAUCACGGUGAAUGAAGUGUCGCUGCAGUCGAACUGCGACGACGCGGAGGGGUAUUACUCUACCACUAUUGGAGAAGUGCUGAACGGGAAGUAUCGUGUGCUCGGGACGGUCGGCAAGGGCGUGUUUUCGACUGUGCUGCGCUGCCAAUGCAUUACCCUGUUGAAGACUGGAGGCAGUGGAUCGCUGAGCGUGGUGGCUGUCAAGCUCAUCCGAAACAACGACAUUAUGCGCGACGCAGCGCAGACGGAGCUGAAGCUGUUGAACGAGCUGGGCGAGCGUGACCCGCGUGACAAGAAACACUGCAUUCGGCUGCUCGACUCGUUCACCCACCGAAACCACGUCGCGAUGGUCUUCGAGCCCAUGCAGAUGAACGUCCGCGAGGCCAUGAAGAAGUUUGGUGGCAAGGGCGGCAUUUCGAUCCAAGCUGUGCGCGUCUUCAGCAAGCAUCUUUUGAUCGCACUCAAUCAUUUGGAGUCAUGCGGAGUGAUCCAUGCUGAUAUCAAACCGGACAACAUCCUGCUAGACGAAAAGCAAACGACCAUCAAGCUGUGCGACUUUGGUUCAGCGUUUAAAGCCGAUGCCGGGAAGCAGGACCCGACGCCGUACCUGGUCAGCCGCUUCUACCGCGCGCCCGAGAUCGUGCUGGGCCUCGCCUACGACAAAGCGAUGUUCACUGGCAAAGUUAUGUUUCCAGGGAGUACGAACAACGAGAUGCUCAAAUUUUUCAUGGAGCUUAAGGGCAAGAUCCCGAACAAGCUGAUCAAGAAGCACCGCCAGGCAUACAUUGACCAGUUUGAGAUGGAGCCGCAUUUCACGGAAGAUCUCAAGUUCUGCAGCCGCGAGAGCGACCGAGUCACGGGUAAGCCCAUCUUGCGCUUGAUGGAAACCAUCAAGACCAAAAACGACCUCGCCAGCAGUCUGAUGGCUGCGAAGAGCGCCACGGACGAUCGGAAGCAGGUGCUGGAGCUCCGGAGCCUGCUGGACAGGAUGUUCACCCUGGACCCGUCCAAGCGGAUCUCCGUGCGAGACGCGCUGGCUCACCCUUUUGUGAAGGGGUCUUUGGCGCGCGAGAAACCCCGGCGGGAAGCUCCGCUACGAGCUCUUCUCACCAGCGAUGCCAAGUCGGCAGCAGCAGCAGCAGCAGCGCUGAUCUUCUUGAACCCUGCGGUCCGUGCGGAUCAGGAGGACAGGCCUGACGCAUGUCCAGACGAAGGCCUGCAAGGCAAGGCAGGUGAGACUUUCACAUGCGCCGCCCGCCUCAGCGAGGCCCGACCUACACUUGAACCGCGGCGAGAGAUGCACGCCGGUAGAGAGGAGGCGCAAAAGAAUUCCCCACCAGCGCUCGGCCGGCGCUUCCUGGCGGCGAAGCAUUCUCGCGUGCCGUCGCUCGGCGUCGGCGUCGAGCUCUCUGGCGGCCAGCGCCAGGCCGCGAUUCUCUCGAGCGGCUUCUUCCGACCAGCGUCGGCGGCGGCUGCGAAGGGAUCCACGCUGGCUGGGCUUGGAGACGAGAGGAGAAGCACGAGGAAGCGGAAGAAACUUUGA